AUGCCUCCCUAUAAACUUCAAACUCUGGCUAUUGCUGCUCUUGCAGCUACCUAUCUUGAAGCCAGGACUCUGUUUCUUGAAGACCUCGAUACUGCGGCACGCGUGCUUUCUGGCGCAGUUUCAUUACUUGUUGAUCGGUUCCGUGGCCGCAUUAACUUCUUCUACGUCAUAGAAAGACUUGCUCAGUCAGCACCAACCCGCCGCGCGCUCGUCUUCCCGCGACAAGUCAAGCCGGUACCAGCUGGAGCCACUGCUGCGGAACUUGAGGCCGCAUUUGAAAUUGAAACUUUUACAUUCCAGCAACUUUACACUCGGGUUCUCAAAUAUGCAAGAGUGCUGGCCAACAAUGGCGUCAACUCUUCGCACACCGUAGCUCUCGAUUGCAUGAACUGCCCGGAGUUUAUGUUUGUUUGGUUUGCCGUGUGGUCUUUGGGAGCUACACCUGCUUUCAUCAAUUAUAACUUGACUGGGAAUGGGCUGGUGCACUGCAUUAAAACUGCAUCGCCUAAACUUGUGCUUGUGGAUCCAGCAGUCAGCGAUAAGGUUGAUCCAGUGCGUAAAGACCUGGAAGCUCUUGCACCUGUGGUUUACAUGGACAAUGAUUUCAAGACUCAAGUUGCCCAAGCAGAACCUCUCCGUGCUCCUGAUGAGGCCCGACACCCGGAACACAAGCCCUGGGAUACGGCAUGCUACAUUUACACUUCAGGUACCACGGGGCUGCCAAAAGCAGCCAUCAUGUCGUGGCGCAAGGCCAAGGACGGGUCUGCUGUAUUUGCUACAGCCACCGGAGUUACUUCAGCCGAUACGGUAUACACGGCUAUGCCCUUGUACCACUCUACGGCUUCGGUACUUGGAGUGUUAGCUGCAUACAAUAAAGGUGCAGCCGUGGCGUUGGGCCAUAAAUUUUCCACUACCACGUUUUGGACCCAAGUUAAAAUAACAGAUGCCACGUAUAUACAGUAUGUGGGCGAGACCGGGCGAUACUUGUUGAACGGGCCUGUGUCUCCACACGAACGCUCGCACAAGGUGCGCGUGGCUUCUGGUAACGGGAUGCGGCCGGACGUUUGGGAGCGAUUUAAAGAGCGGUUUGGGAUCCCAGUUGUAGCUGAAUUUUUUGCUUCGACUGAAGGUCCUCUUGCAACCACCAAUUACCAGCGCGGCGCGUUCGGCGUGGGUGCAGUGGGCCGGUACGGAGCUCUUGUUUCGUGGCUGAUGCUGGAGUAUACCCAUGCACUGGCCAAGGUCGAUGGCGAAAACGAGCUUUGGAGGGACCCAAUGACUGGGCUUUGUCGGUCGCCCUCAACAGGCGAAGCUGGAGAGCUUUUGUGUCGUAUUAAGAACCCGAAAAAGGCGCACGAAACGUUCCAAGGUUAUCACGGCGAUAAAGCGGCUACGGAGAAUAAGAUUUUACGUGACGUAUUUCGAAAGGGCGACGCUUGGGUGCGAUCAGGCGAUUUAUUACGCAAAGACUCGCACGGGCUGCUUUACUUUGUGGACCGACUUGGCGAUACGUUCCGGUGGAAGAGUGAGAAUGUAGCUACGGGCGAGGUAGAGGCCGUGGUGUGUGCUUAUGAGGGCAUUUCCCAGGCCAUUGUUGUUGGAGUCCGAGUCCCACAGCACGAGGGCCGGGCUGGGUUUGCAGUGAUUGAAGGUGAGUCAGUUGCAGACCUCGGGAAGUUUGCGCAAUUUUUGUUGGCGCGGCUUCCACGCUACGCAGUACCUGUGUUCAUUCAGUUUGUACCGGCAAUUGCUCGCACGGGAAAUAACAAGGUCCAAAAGGGCAAGUACCGCGAGCAAAAGUUCCCAGGCACCGAUAUCUACUGGCUGGACGGGGAUACAUAUGUAAAAUUAGACGAUGCUAAAUGGGAGGCCAUUAGCAGUGGAAAAGUUAAAUUGUAA